AUGGAGGAGGAGCUGGCGUGGGAGACCCAGGGCCUGCUUGCUCUGGAGAGGCAGCUCCAUGAGGCUGCCCGCCGGAACCACGCUGGGAGGAUGAAGGAGCUGAUCGGGAGGAGAGUACACAUCAGGGCCAGAAAUCGCGUGGGCAGGGUGGCCCUGCACCGGGCUGCGGGCGCAGGGCACGAGCAGGCUGUGCGGCUGCUCUUGGAACACGAGGCUGCUGUGGAUGAUGAGGAUCCGGUACGGGUCCCCUCACGCAGGCAUGUCUGUUUUGGCAUGAAUGCGCUUCUCCUGUCUGCCUGGUUCAGCCUACGGAUCUUCCAGAUCCUGGUCAACUCCGGGGUCAAGAUCCAGUGUAAGAACAAGGACAGCCUGACCUUACUGCACUGCUCAGCCCAAAAAGGCCAUGUGCCAGUGCUGGCGUUCAUAACAGAGGACCUGGAGGACGUGGCCCUGGACCACGCUGACAAGCUGGGAAGGACAGCAUUUCAUCGGGCUGCAGAGCACGGGCAGCUGGAUUCUCUGGACUUCCUUGUGGGCUCUGGCUGUGACCACAGUGUCAAAGACAAGGAGGGGAACACAGCCCUUCACCCGGCUGCCCACUGGGGCCACCUGGCUGUGCUGCAGUGACUCAUGGAUGUCAGGCUGGACCUGGAGGAGAGGAAUGUGGAAGAUCUGACUGCCCUGCACGCAGCUGCUGAAGGGAUCCAUCCCAACUGUGUGCAGCUCCUCCUCAGGGCCGGGAGUAACGCGAACGCCCUCACCCAGAAAAAGCAGAGCUGCUUCCACUACGCAGCCCUCGGUGGCUCUGAGGACAUGGUCUGGGCCCUCGUCCAUGCAGGAGGCAGCACUGACGUGGCUGAUCAUCAGGGCGCCUCUCCUGUGCACAUCGCCGUGAGGCACGACUUCCCCGUCCUGGUGCAGCUCCUCAUCGACACCGGCAGUGACCUGGACGCCAUUGACAAUGCAGCAGACACCCCUCACCUUGCCGCCGAGCACGCCUGGCAGGACAUAGCGGAUAUUCUCCUCAUUGCUGGGGUUAACUUAAACCUGAGAGAUAAGCAAGGAAAAACCGCCUUGCCAGUGGCCACCCACAUCAACCAUGUCAGCCUGGUGGACAUGAUCAUAAAAGCCGAUCGCUUCUACAGGUGGGAGAAGGACCAGCUCUCAUGCAGGGACCUCUGUGACCCCUCUGGGAAGAGCUUGACCUUUAAGCAGGACCAUCGUCAGGAAACACAGCAGCUCUGCUCUGUGCUGUGGUGACUGGCCUCCAGGUACCUGCAGCCCCACGAGUGGAAGAAGCUGGAGUAUUGCUGGGAAUUCACCGAGGCCCACGUCCACGCCAUCGAGCAACAGUGGACAGGCACCAAGAGCUACCGGGAGCACGGGCACCUCACAGCCAGUGAGAACCCCAGCAGAGUGCUAUUUAAAGGCCUCGUCGCCAUUGGCAGGAGGGAGCUGGCUGAAAGCAUCAGGAAGAAAGCAAACGAUGACUCUAGCACCCCAAGGAGGUGCACAGCCAUGUAA